AUGUUACUAUUGUUGAUACUAAUACAAACAUAUAAUUGCUUGAAUUUGAAAUGCGUAUCUAGCGAUGUUGAUGAGACAUAUACAAGAGGAGAUCAUAUGACGAUAUGCAUACAUUUCAUAAAUAAGAUUGAAUAAACUGGUUAAAGAUUAGCUUUCGAUGUAAAAGUGGAUCGUUAUACUGCAUUGUAUGCUAAGAAUAGUUACACAACAUUAAAAGCGAAAGGAUUAACAAAUCAUACUAUUGCUAUUUAAGCAAAUAAGCAUGCUAUGAUUUCACCAAUAAUUGAUUAUGUUAUAAACUCGACUAAUGUUUAUCCAAUUUACAGUUUAGUGAUUAACAUGGAAGAUGGUAAUGUGACAGAUCUAAUUUGGGACAAUGGAUGUUGGGACUCUAGCAUGGAAUGCUCAGAUUAUGUUAUUACUAAUUCAAAUGGGGAAACUUUUAGCGAUUCAAAUAAUUAUUACAAAGAGUGCACUACAGACAUGGACUGUGAUGCUAAAUUCUACAUCUCAUUCAUAGGAACUGAUGCUUCAGGGAAUUACAUGGAAAGUGCAGGUAAACGUAUUUCAAGGUUCAGAUAAUAUGCUGUGUCUGACAUGUUCAGUUCAGCAAAGAAUGUAUUUAAUGGUUAUGUUGAUGACAUUCGUACGUGA